UACACGUAAACCGACUUGUUCUAAAGUCGAGAUUCUACCAGAGCCAUUCUUUGUUCUCCUUGGGUAAGCGGAAGAGACCUUCUUCUCCACGCGCACCUGAAUCAAUUUCUUCUUCCUUUUGUUCGGUAAUCGGAAUCACAAUCCCAGUUUGCUGCUCAGUGAUUGGGAAACUCCUUCUUCUUGCUUCACCAAUCGCCGUUGGUUAUGGGGAGCGGUUCUUCCGAGACGAGGUUCGUACAGGAAUUGCUUCUCUAUGCAGCCAGUGCCGCCUUGAGCUGCUUGGUACUUUUCGCUGGCCUCCGCCACCUCGACCCUAACCGCGAGGCCUCCAAGAAGGCUCUCGAGCACAAGAAGGAGAUUGCCAAACGAUUGGGCCGCCCUCUCAUCCAGACAAACCCUUACGAGGAUGUGAUUGCUUGUGAUGUUAUAAACCCUGACCACAUCGAUGUGGAAUUUAACUCUAUUGGAGGCCUGGAGACUAUCAAGCAAGCGUUAAUUGAAUUGGUGAUACUUCCACUGAAGAGGCCCGAUUUAUUUUCACACGGGAAGCUUCUUGGUCCGCAGAAAGGGGUUUUAUUGUAUGGACCUCCUGGUACUGGGAAAACAAUGCUGGCAAAAGCUAUUGCAAAGGAGUCUGGAGCUGUUUUCAUCAAUGUCAGGAUUUCAAAUCUGAUGAGCAAAUGGUUUGGAGAUGCACAAAAGCUAGUGGCUGCUGUGUUUAGCUUGGCUUAUAAGCUCCAGCCUGCUAUUAUCUUCAUUGACGAGGUCGAUAGUUUUUUGGGUCAGCGACGAACUACAGAUCACGAAGCAAUGACGAACAUGAAGACUGAGUUCAUGGCCUUAUGGGAUGGAUUUACCACUGAUCAGAAUGCUCGUGUGAUGGUCCUUGCUGCUACCAAUCGCCCAUCCGAACUGGAUGAAGCUAUACUUCGGCGUCUUCCACAAGCCUUUGAGAUCGGAAUACCUGAUCGGAGGGAGAGAGCAGAGAUAUUAAAGGUGAUUUUGAAGGGAGAGCGGGUUGAAAACAACAUAGACUAUGACCGUGUGGCAAGCUUGUGUGAGGGGUACACAGGUUCGGAUAUUCUGGAACUAUGCAAGAAAGCUGCUUAUUUUCCGAUCCGGGAUCUUCUUGACGAAGAGAAGAAGGGGAAACAAUCUUCUGAGCCAAGGCCACUGUCGCAGUUGGAUUUGGAAAAGGUUCUUGCUACAUCGACAAAGACAAGGGUUGCUGCAAGCGAAUACACUGGAUUGAGAUCUAAUUCAUCAUCAGGUUGGGCAGGGCACAGGGAAGCUGGUGAUUAUGAGGUUCAAGCAGCAAUAAGUGAACUCUCCAAGCUUGUAGUCUCUCAAAUCUUAAAUAUCCAGUCCGAUGCUCGGGAUUCGUGAAAGCCCCAACAUUAUCAAGGAUUCUUGCAACUCAUUUUAGUGUUUAGCUAGCACAGAUUUACCAGAAAGGCAUCCUCGGUUCGACGGGUUCGUCUCAAAUUUGAAAAUUUGAAGCUCUCUCAGGUUCUGGUAAGUCGCAAAUUCCAACUUUACUGCCACAAACAUGAAAUAGUGAUCUUUAUUAUAAAUUGAAAUGGUGGAUUAACCCUGUUGAUAUAAUCUUUUGUAGUAUGGGAUCCGGGUCAUCGUACAAUCUUUCUGUUGUACCAUAUUUGGUAUUUUGUUUAUUGAACACUGUUCUUAUGCUUUUGUUAAGUGUGGGAAAGUCUAUCGGCUUUUUCAAAAUUAGAUAUGAGAUUGGAUUUGGUAGGAGUCUAAAGAUUUUCAAA